AUGGAACAAUGUUCACGUCAAUGUAUUCGUCGAACAUUUUAUGCUGUUCUAGUUGGUGUAUCACCAAUUGUUAUUUGUUUAUUAUUUAUUGGUCUCGCUCGUUUAAUAAUAUAUCGUCUUGAAAUGGCUUAUUAUCGUCGACAAAAAGUAAUUGAUCGUCGUUCAUCAGCAAUUCCUUGUCAAAGUGGUCGUCUUGCACUUUCUUAUACACCUGUAUCAAAUGCUGAAAUACAACGUAUUAUUCAAGGUGACUAUAAAAGUCAACUACCAAGAAAUCAAUCAUCAUCUAUUUAUAGUAGUCAUAGUAAUGUACGUAAAGCUCCAAGAUUUAUAAGAUCAAUAUUACCAAAACGUGAAUCAACAUUACAACCAUCAAAUCUUCUUGCAAAUCUAAUUAUGCGUCGUAAUGCUGGCGAUGCAAGUCCAAUUACAGGAAUACUUGCGCCUAUUGAAACACCAUUACAACCUACAUUUUGUAUAGUUAAUGAACAGGAAAAACGACGACCAAGUUCUAUUAUUAUAACAGAAGAAUCAAUCGAAACAGCACUACCACCACCAACAACAACAAUAGCACCAACCAAUAAUAAUAAUAAUAAUAAUAAUAAUCAUGGAAGUUUUUCAACUACGCAUGAUUUAAUCGAAUCUGAACAAAUACCAAAUGAUCAAUUAAUGAUUACAACAAAAACAUUGACAACACCUAUUGUUGUUGAAGAAUUACUUGAUUUUCAUUCAGUUAGUUCAAUACCAUGUGCAUUAACUUUGCUUACUUCAAUUGCAGAAAGUGACAAUGAGAAAAAUUCAGAAAUAAAUAAUAAUAAUGAAGAAAAAUAA